GCAGUAUGCCUUAUUAGGGUGAACGUUAGCUGGCUUUCCCACCUAUAUAAGUUUGGACACUUCUGUUUUCCCCAGGCAUUUUCUUGGUCUGCUGCUGCUGUCCAGAACCAGCCAUGAUCCUCCAGACUGCUGUGCUCAGUGUCCUCUUCUGCUCUGUCCACAGUUUUACUAUACAGGCUUCUUUUGAAAAGAGCGAUGAGUAUUCUGGCAACACCAUUGAGGAUGAUGAAUUCAGUGUCUCCACGCUGUUAGAGAAGGCCAAUAUUAAUGUUGGAAAGAACUUUGAUGAGCCUCUAGUGAUGUUUGGAGACAUAGCAAUGCCAACAGGUCUACAGAACGCUGAUCCCUGCACAGCCCGAGGCUGCCUGUGGCCUAAAGCCACCGAUGGCAACGUCUAUGUACCCUACCGCAUCUCCAACCAGUACUCCCAAAGAGAGACCGAUACCAUCAUCCGAGGUCUGCGGUCAUUUGCCGAGUCCACCUGCAUCCGCUUCACCCCCUUGAACAGUCAGGAGGACUUUGUAGACAUCCAGUCUCUCUCAGGGUGUUACUCAUUCGUCGGGCGUCGUGGUAAUGGCCAGACAGUGUCUUUGAGUCGCCAGGGCUGUGUUUUCCAGCAGAUCGUCCAGCACGAGCUGCUCCACGCCCUGGGCUUCAACCAUGAACAGACCCGGUCCGACAGGGACGAGCACGUUCGCAUCCUGCUGCAGAACGUCAUUCCUGGAAUGGAGCACAAUUUCAGGAGGAUCAACACAAGGAACCUUGGUACUCCCUAUGACUACAACUCUGUCAUGCACUAUGGAAGGUUUGCCUUCUCUAGCAACAGGGAGCCAACCAUCGUUCCCAUCCCUGACAGCAAUGUGGCCAUUGGCAGGGCCACCCAGAUGAGUCCUAUUGACAUCCUUCGGGUGAACCGCCUUUAUAACUGUAAUUCAACUGCUUCCAGACCCGGCCUGGAACCCGUGCAAAGAAACCAUUUCCUCUAGAAAUGAAAUAUAUAUGUGUGUGUGUGUGUGUAUGUAUGUAGGUAUAUAUAUAUUCCCUAUUUCUCCAACAGGAAGUCAAGAGGAAACGAGGCAGAUUGAUGCAACGUUUUGUCUACAAGCAAAUCCAGAAAUGCAUCUUGUGCUUAAUGAAUGUGCUUGAAUGAAAUUCAGAAUUAGAUUGAAGUAGCUUUCGUGUUGUCCCAAGGAGAAAUGAAAAGCGUCCAAUGACGUCAUCACAAAUUUACACUUACAUGCAUAACUGCUUGUGAGCUUGAUUGAAUACUUAAAAUGAAUAAAAAUGUAUAUUCACAUA